AGAGCUUGGCUCUCCAUGAGAGAAGUAACAAGAAGUAGAAAGAAAAGCCAUAUUAGAGAAAGGAAAUGAAUAGAGGUUGUUUUGCAUAAAGCCCACACUAAGUUAGAAGCUAAACCAGGAAGGAACUCACCAUCACUAUGCUAGAUGGGACUGCUUCAGUGACAUGUGCUUGGUUUUGAGAAAAUCAGAACUCUUCAGAUUGUUAAUAGGAAUAAUUACCAUGUUUAUUUUAUGUUUACCUGAAUUUUUCAAAGUCCAUGAAGCUAACACGGUAAUUAUGUCAUGCAGGGAUACCUGUUCAUUAAAUAAUACCACUUUUCCACUAUGCACUUUUAACAAUUCUUGCAAAAGCUCCCUGCAACAAAGAAGGGAGAACCAGACGAUUUUACUGAAGGCCAUUGUAAAUCAUCCCAAUAUCCAAAAUAUUCCAUGUAUUUGCCAAUCCUCCAGCAAAGAACAACAGUCACGUAUUAUGUACUCAGAGUGUGAAUCCAAGAGAGAGAGGAAUGUUGUUCCCCAAGGACCAAGAUCAAUAGUUAAAGGAAUUCCAAAAGCAAAAGGCUUAUUUGAAGUGAAAACAGAAGAUCUUGUAUAUUUUUAUAAAUACUUCAAUUUCACUAUGCUUCCUGAGAAUGAAGAAGAAGAGCAUAAUACUUACUACAUGCUGGAAGUCCACAUCAACAAUUCUAUAGUCAGAGGAAGAAAUGCAGCUGAAGAAUACCUAAAUCACUCCUGUCUAGUGGCAAUGACAGAAGACCAAAAUGACUGUAUAAAUAUUUCACUGCAGCUGAAGUCUUAUGUGGAAUAUCCCAUGUGUAUGACGAAGAUCAUAUGGCUCAGUAUGAUUCCUUUAGUUUUUGUGUUCACUGUUUCAAUCGUUGUCUACAAAAUCAUCCAAGAAAAUGAACAAAACUAUUGUAAACACAGUGUAGCAGCAGCAGUUUCAACCAUUCUAAGAAAAAGAGGUUCCAGACAUGCAAGAACUAUAUCUGCUACUAAAACUCAUCUUUUUCCUGCAGUGGAGAACAACAAACAACAGACUCCACUUACUGCACAGACCACAGAGAUACUGCCUAUAAUUCCUGAACAAGAGCAUUGCCAUGUCGGUGCAUCAAGUGUAGAAGUUUUAGAUGUCACUGUAUGAAAUAUGAUCAAUAUUGCAUGAAAGAAGAAACAAUAUACCGCAGAAGAAAUCAUCUUCAUUUCCAGUACAGCUGGGGAGCUGUGUUAUUCAUCUUUUCAUGAGAAUGCCAACUCUGUAUAUUAGAAGUUAUAUUUAAGAAGCUAUUUUAUCCAUCUGAACUAUUUGGUAUUAAGAAAAUAUGAAUGAUGGACAAACUGAUGUUUUGCUGUACAAUCAACUUCAGCAAGAGAUUAUAGGUUUCACACCUGUUUUCAAUUAAUUCUGGAUUUAUACUUAAUCAUAAAGUUGCAAGAUAAUCCUUCUAAUAAUUUCUUUUUCUAGCUGAGAAGAAAUUCAUUUUGUGUUCUCCGUAGGAUAAAAAGACUGUAUAAAGAUAAAAAUGAACCUAUGUUUUCAUGGAAUGAGCACAGCUUUCAGCUUAUUUAUUGCUCUAAGUGACUAAGAUGCUUAAAAGAUACAAUUUCUGGCUAUUGAGGAAGGUGGCUGAAGCAUCAUAGAAGGAGAGAAUUCUGCAGUACAUUUUAAAAUCUGCAGUGAACAAAGAAGACGUUCAUUAAUUCUGCAGCAUCUUAGUGAGUAAAGAAAAAAACAUGGAAAAAUAGGACAUUUGGCUUCAAACCAGAAAAUCAUUAUUAUUAUAUUUUUAUAACUCACUAAGACACCAAAUGGACUUUGUACUCUUUGAUAAAUUGCAUUCCUAUCUUUUGUAUUAGUUUAGGUCAUUAGUAUUCAGACUCAUUAUCUCCUGGAACUUUUCCUUACUUUCCAUUUAUUACUGCUCCACUGAGUGUAAUGGAGCUGUUUGGGCUGAGCAGGGUCCCAGACUCAUUCUGUGCUAACACAUUAUUUGUGGGUACAAUUUAACCAUAAAUUACUAGCAAGAGACAGAAAUUGCAGAGCCAAGACUUCAAAAUCCCUUGUGCUAAAUCCAUCAGGAUGAACAGAUUGUAAACUGCCCAUUGCAAAUAUGAUAUGCAGCAAUUUAGCAUCAUGUUAAUACAUCAUAACUUCCAUCCCUUACAUUUAUAUAGCUUUUCCCUCCUGAAGCUCUCUGAAAUUGCUUCUCCAGUCAUUAUACUGCACAAAGCAGUUUGGAUUUAAUAGGAAUAUUGUGAACAUUAGAUCCUGAAUCAUUUGAGCCCAUAUGGAGUUUUUUAUAUUUAGCUGGAUAAGUCUGAAGCAUUUGUUUCUAUUGUUUGUUAGCAUCUUAUAAAAGCAUCCUGAAAAAUACUGACUUCCUUAAUUUUGGGGCUUUUGAGGCUUUAUUGCUAAUCUCUGGUAAUAACUUAAAGCUUUUUGGAAAUGUAUUUUUUAAUACAGUAUGGAAUAUAAAUGUCUCACAAUUUGUUUUUAGUUUUCUUUAUUGUACAACAGCAGAACUUAGAGACAGAAGAAGAGACAUAUCUAUUUCACUGCAGAACUGCUAAGGCCAUUUUAGUCAGUGUUUAAAUGAUUCAAAUGAUGGCACUAUCUAUCACUGUUCCCUUUCAGUAAUCCAGAAAUCUUGUUGAUAGGGAUAGCCCUCCUCUUUGUGACCCCAAUUUAAUUUCAUUCCCCUGAAAUUUAAUUUUAUUAUUCUUGCUGCCUAUAACCUCCCUCUUUCUUUUCCUUGGAUGGGUGAACUGUGAGUUACUAUUUUAUUACUUCCCCUUAAAGCCAUCCAUCACAUUUGUUGUUCUCUCCCAAUUUUUCUUAAUAUUGUCUCUUCCUGGUUUUGAAAUACCUAUAUCUGGGAACAUCUUUAUAAGCAUGUUGUCAUUUGGCAAGUUGUGAGAAUGACUUUACCACUGUUACCCCACAGCUUUCUAAGUGAUUGGUUUUGCUACCUUGGAAGUUUGUAUCUUUCAAGUUACCUUUACAAAACACCAUGAACAAGUGAAACCAAGAGGCUGUCAUAACCUUUCAAUCUCCAUUGAGUAGAGCUUACCUUGUCUCCUAAGUGUGAUCCAAGCUAUAGAAAAGGAAAUAAUGGGAUAAUGCAGAGAUAUUGGUAAAAAUGAUCAGAAAAAAAUGUCCUAAGAUAAUACGGAUUAAAAGAGACCUCAGGAGGUCGCUAGUCCAGCCUCUUGCUCAAAGCAGUGCCAGCUGUGAGAUCACAUCAGGUUUCUCAGGGCUUGAUUCAGUUUGGUCUGAAAAACCUCCAAAACUGCUCAACCUCUCUGGGACUGCUUGACUAUCCUCAAAAAGUUUUUCCUUAUAUCCAGUCUGAAGCUCUCUUGUUCCAACUUAUGCCUAUUGUUUCCUAUCUUGCUGCCAUGCACCACUGUGAGGGGCCUGGCCCCAUUGUCUUGUUGACCUCCCCAUAAGUGCUGGGGGCUGCUCUCAGUCCCCUGAAGCUGUCUCUUCUCCAGGCUGAACAAUGCCAGCUCCCUCAGCCUUUCCUAACAGGACAAAUGCUCACAGGUUCAGAAUCACGGAAGGGUUGAGGUUGGAAGGGACCUCUGCAGAUCAUCUAGUCCAACUCCCCUGCUCAAGGAGGGUCACCUAGAGCACGUUUUCAAGGAUUGUGUCCAGACUGCUUUUGAUGAUCUCUGAGGAAGGAGACUCCACAACCUCUCUGGGCAACCUGUUCCAGUGCUCUGUUACCCUCACAUUAAAGAAGUUUUUUCUCAUGUUCA